AUGGCUAGAGCACACAAUCCCCCAAACAAUGGCCACACCACUUGGCAGCUCCUCUCCGCUUCUUCCAAGGAAUGGUGGAACGUGAAGGACACAUUGAAGACCUUGCCAGGUGAUGCUACCAACCCUGCAGCUUUCAAGGUUGGUACCCGGAGCCCCCUCCGAGACUUACCCACUGGUGAUGCUACAAAGUACAUCAGGAUUGAUCCUGCCCAUACUUUUGCUAUCGAUGGGGUGGGCAAAGAUUUCUUGGCCAGCUGUAUCAUAAUGAUGAUCAGGGCAGGGCACUUUGGGAAUGGAAGUGUCCCUCACUGUUUCCAAAACGCAUAUGCAAGCUUCUUGGCAUACUGCAACGCGUACAAUAAGAACACCAGCAUCACAGAAUUUGGGUACAACACCUUCAAGCUCCCACAAAACACGCUCAACAAAUACCCGCGAGGAUUGGGAAAGGGCUAUGAUGCAGCAGUGGUGGGAGCUUGGUUGGUCCAAGAAGUGAACAUAAUCAACCUGGACUCAGCAGAUGACGACUUCAAGGACAUCCUAUCUGUCAUCCGAUACACGGCAUCUGCAAGUGACCGGUUCUGGCGGACUCUUUACAGGUAUGGUGUUUGGAUUCCAAGGAAAGUGGGCACCAAACUUGUGAAUGAUGGAUGGCAAAUGACUGAUGGAUACGGAGCAUUGGCAACCCUAUCUUCGAGAAAGGGGUUCUAUGGCUUCCAGAUCAGACCAAAAUUCCACAUGCUUGGCCACAUAGUGCGAGACUUGAUGAUUCAACUUGAAGAUGAGCAGGUGGAAUUCCUACUCAAUCCAUGUGUUCAUAUGACAUGGAGCGACGAAGACUUCAUUGGACGUGUAAGGCCUCACCUCUUUCCCUGGCAAAGCUUGGAGCCCGGACCUCCAAAAGAGCUGGUUGCCGAUGUGCAACAAACGUAUCGCUGGCUGUGGGUCGGAGCAGUGGAGAAGGGAUUGGAUUGGGUUGGAUUGGAUUGGAUUGGAUUGGAAUGCUGCAAGAUCACCGUGAAGUCCAAGAUCGUGGAGGUGACCGGCAAGCACGGAAGCCUGAAGCGCGAUUUCAAGCACCUGCCCAUCGAGCUGUUCUUGUCCGACGGCGGCAAGAAGGUGGUGGCAAGGAUGUACUUCGCCAAGAGCAAGCAGUGCUCCAUGCUGAACACCGUUUGCAGCCACAUCUCCAAUUUGUUUGAGGGCGUGACCAAGAAGUUCGAGUACAAGAUGCGCCUGGUCUAUGCGCACUUUCCCAUCAACGUCAACAUCAUCAACGGUGGCAAGACGAUUGAGAUUCGUAACUUCUUGGGUGAGAAGGUGGUGCGAACUGUGCACAUGUUGCCCGGUGCCACGGUGGACAAGAGCAGCUCCACCAAGGACGAGAUUGUGGUGACCAGCGCCGACAUCGAGCUGGCGGGGCGAUCUGCCGCCUUGAUUCACCAGUCAUGCUUGUGCAAGAAGAAGGAUAUCCGAAAGUUCUUGGAUGGUAUCUACGUCAGCUCCCACGGUGUCAUCCAGGACAUGUGGGACGGGAAAUUCCUGAGGGACAAUCCCAGUCACUUCGUUCCAUGGCACUGCUCCCCCAGGACUGAGCAGAGCCAGACAUCGAAGAACCAGCGCAGUUUGAGAGAAAGGGCGCCACUGCCGAGAUAA